GCGCGCCUGCGCUGCAUAAACGCUGUGUGUGUGUGUCUCGGUCCUCUGUCCUAAAGCGUACAGCUCUUAGACCGGGAAAAAAUAAAAUAAAUGUCAUUUCCACGCGCUGUUCAGGAAUAACAGAGCAGGAAAUAACCGAUUCCCGGUUUGUGGAAAUGCAGGUCACUGAGCGCCGAGGUGACAUGGAUGCGAAAGCGCACGCGCCUGGGCCCGGAUCCGUUACAGAAAACGGACAUAAGCGCAAAUCCCGCAACAGAAGAGGCAGGAGGAGGAGGGGUAAGAGACGGAGGGGCAAAAAAGCCAACGAGCCGCCGCCGUUUCUGCCCCCGGAGGCCGAGGAGGGAAAUAUUGAGUACAAGCUGAAGCUGGUAAACCCAACGCAGUACCGCUUUGAGCACUUGGCCACGCAGCUGAAAUGGAGGCUGCAGGAGGGCCGAGGGGAGGCUGUCUACCAGAUUGGUGUUGAGGACAACGGGCUGCUGGUGGGACUGACUGAUAACGACAUGAAGGCCUCCAUUAACACCCUGCGCAGAAUGGCUGAGAAGGUCGGUGCUGAUAUCACACUCUUGAGAGAGCGGGAAGUGGAUUACGAGUUGGACAAACCCCGGAAAAUUGCUGAGGUCCUUGUAAGGAAAGUUCCAGAUAACCAGCAGUUUCUGGACCUGCGUGUAGCAGUGCUGGGGAACGUUGACUCGGGGAAGUCCACUCUCCUGGGCGUCCUGACGCAGGGUGAACUUGAUAACGGACGAGGCCGAGCUCGUCUCAACCUGUUCCGGCACCUGCACGAAAUCCAGACAGGCCGCACCUCCAGCAUCAGCUUCGAGAUCCUCGGUUUUAACAGCAAAGGGGAGGUGGUGAAUUACAGCGAGUCACGCACAGCAGAGGAAAUCUGCGAGAGCUCGUCGAAGAUGAUCACCUUCAUCGAUCUGGCCGGCCACCACAAGUACCUGAAGACCACCAUCUUUGGCCUGACCAGCUACUGCCCCGAUUUCGCCAUGCUGGUGGUGGGUGCAAACACGGGCAUUGCGGGCACCACACGGGAGCACCUGGGUCUGGCUCUGGCUCUCAAGGUGCCCGUGUUUGUGGUGGUCAGUAAGGUGGACGUGUGUGUGGGCGGCGCUGUACAGAAGACCGUGCGGCAGUUAGAGAGGCUGCUCAAGCUGCCCGGUUGCAACAAGGUUCCCAUGCUGAUUUCCAACCGUGACGACGCCGUCACUGCUGCCCAGCGCUUCACCCAAUCCUCCAGUAUAACCCCAAUCUUCACACUGUCGAGCGUUUCUGGGGAGAACCUGGACCUGCUGAAGGUUUUCUUCAACAUCCUGCCCCCUCUCAGCAACAGCAAAGAGCAGGAGGAGCUCAUGCAGCAGCUCACCGAGUUCCAGGUUGAUGAGAUCUACAGUGUGCCUGAUGUAGGAACUGUUGUUGGAGGAACUCUCUACAGUGGUGUGUGUCGUGAGGGAGACCGCUUGGUAGUGGGGCCUACAGACGAUGGGAAGUUUUUGCGGCUGAAAGUAUGCAGCAUGCAGAGGAACCGCUCGGCCUGCAGGGUUCUCCGAGCCGGACAGGCGGCUACACUGGCACUCGGCAACUUUGACCGCUCGCUGCUUCGCAAGGGCAUGGUGAUGGUCAGUCCUAAGAUGAACCCCACCAUCUGCUGGCAGUUUGAGGCGGCCAUUGUGCUACUGUUCCACGCCAAGACGUUCCGCAGUGGCUUCCAGGUCACGGUCCACGUCGGGAACAUUCGGCAGACGGCCACAGUAGAGUGUUUACUCGGCAAGGAGGAGCUGCGCACCGGUGAGAGGGCUGUAGUGUGCUUCCGCUUCCUGAAGCACCCUGAGUAUCUACGUAUCGGAGCAAAGCUGCUGUUCAGAGAGGGCGUGACCAAGGGCAUUGGUCAUGUGACCCACCUGGUGCCGUCUGGUCAGAACAGUGCACAUGACCAGAACCACAAACCACACCAGAACCACAAUUAGAGAGAGAGAGAGAGAGAGAGAGAGAGAGAUAGAGGUGUGUCAAUAUAUAAAACCUAUUUAAACAGCAUCCACUCUGAUGUCAGCCAGUAGGAUACAGUCAGUGUGGGGUUUCCUGUCUUUAGCUACAAACCCACUUAUAACAAACCAAACUCCUGAUUGGCUGACAGAUGCAUGUGAUAUAUAUAUAUUUUUUAAUAUCGACACGCCUCUAACACAGAUGUGGUGAAAUCUUCGAAUCUAACUAUAUGCCCUAUAUACUAUACAAUAAGGUUGUAAUGUAACCAUGACGACGAGCUUACGAUGCAGUUUUAGGCUGUAGGUGUGUAUUUACUCUUCGAACCUGCCUUUGCUGUUGCGCAGCUAAACAAAAAUACACAACGACAUCGGUUUACAAAGUGAGGAUUUAUUUCUAGAGAUAAUAACCGCUGAGACGUAACCAUAUUUUUUUUGGCCAUGGACUAGAAAGAUAGCUCAGUAAAUUUAAGUUAUUUUCAUUAUUUCUUUAUUGAUAAGGAGGCAAAUCGAAGGGUAAAGUGUGCGGUUUGGGACACGUCAGUUAGAUCUUCCUGACAGCAGUUAUCUGGCCUGUAGAGUGAAGUAGGGUGUAUGAUUUUGGGACAAAUCCACAUUGGCCUAAUUCUCCAAUAUGGUGUUUAUGGCAUUGACAUGCCCUAAAUAGUGAAUAGAGCGGGACACGUCCACUAUGGCCUAAUUAUGGUGUGCAGGUUAGGACAUGCCCACAGUGGCCUAAUUCUCCACUAUGGUGCAUUUUUGCCCUAUAUAGUGAAUCAGGCCACAUAGAUUGGGGCCACAGUAGUAGAAUGUUGAUGAUGAUGAUGAUGAUGAUGAUGAUGAUAUCUUCAUAACAGUAUUUAUAUACUGCGGUUUGGAACAGGACCACAGAGGGAUGAUGGUCAGGUGUUUGAGACAGUAUCUAUCUGACUUACAGCGUGUGUGGUUUGGGACACCAGUGUGGCCUGAUUCUCUGUUUAUUUGCCUUAUGUAGUGUGGUUUGGGACAUGACCACAGUAGACUGAUGAUACUGAUCAGACACUGGACUGUCAUAAUGAGAAUGAUGUUAUUUCAUUCCACUGGACAGUAAUGGUGUCUAAACAGGGACGUGGUGUAUGAAGCGUCCACCUUGGAAUGAUGAGAAGACCUUUCUGCCUGUAUUAUCUGACCUACAGUAUAUAGUGAAAUACAACGUGUGGUUUGGGACACGACCGCUGUGGACUGCUACAGCUCAGACCCUGGAAUGUAACGGUGUUUAUAUGGACUAUACAAUGGCCUGAAUGUGAUUUAGGACAUGUCCGUUGUGGACUGGUUAAUAAGGAAACACACAGCGCAAGUUCUCUAGCGCUGUAGAGUCUUUUUUUUAUUAUUAUUUAUUUAUUUUUUUUAGAUCCGAGCCGAGAGUCCCGACCCUGAUGAGUAAAGAAGAGCAGGAUGUGAGAGAUAAACACAACCUUGUAUACUCACCAUGUAAGUAGAGUGAUCAUAGUCGCCCAUCAGAGAGAUUUCCUAGUGGUCAGAUUCAAUAGACACACAUUAGAUAUGGAUAUUUAUCAUCUUCUAAUUAUUCUUUCUUCACACAGCAGUGAGUGAUUAGCGGGUCUAAUAAAGCUGGCUGAUGGAGUUACACUAGAUUUCAAUAUCAACAAAACGAGGGAGGAAGGUAAAUCGGGCCAAAAAUUAAAAAAAAAAAAAAUUAAAGAAUAGAAUUAAAAAUAAUGUAAAACACUCCAUUCCACUUCCUGUGUCACUGCAUAUAAAAUUCAAUUUCAAAUGUUUUUUUUAUUUUUAUUUCUUUUCAUUACCUCAGUAUUUCAUGCUCAUAACUAAGAAAUGCUAAGAAAAACAUUUUUGGCACUUAAUCCCCUUUUUUUUUUAAGGAUUUUUCUUUAAUUUUUUGGAUGCAUUUUCCUUCCGUUUAUGGAAUGAAUAAUUUUUCUAUCACAUCUGGAAUAAGAAGUUUUGUCUGUGGGUUUAAAUGCAUUUCCGGCUUUUCCGAGGACAGCUUUCACAUUUUCCUGUCUGAUGUUAGAGACGUGCAUGUCGUGUGCUCAUGCUGUGCUAAUUCCUGAAUUCCUGACAUUCCGUGCAGUUAAUAAUAAUAAUAAUAAUAAUAAUAACACGUGUUGUACUUUCGUGGCCCACAGCUACUCAUUUUGCACUGGAUAUUUUCGACGCUUAUUAUUGUGCAGUGUGUAAAAAAUUUUCUAACAUUUAGUCUUUUGCCCCAUGGCACAGCGUUUGGCUGAUACCCUGCAUGCUGUGCGGAAUUCUAGGAUGCGCUCACGAGAUUCCGGAGUUACAUGAAAUCGGCGUCUGUGAACUGCACUGUACUUAAACAACGCAACUAGUUUGUAAGUAAUAAAGAGGUGUUUUAUUGUGA